AUGCGGCAAGCCAUGCUACCUGAAGCAGCAGGGGGAGCAGCGAAAGCAGGAGCAGCAGGAGCAAUCGGAGCAGGCCAGGCAGGAGCAUCGGGAGCUGCCAAAGCAGGAGCAACAGGAGAAUACAAAGCAGGAGUUCCCGGGGGAUUUGACACAGCAGUGGCAGGAGCAGUAGAUUCUGAAGGCGUAGCACUAAAGGAUAUGGAAUUUUCACAGCCGAAGAGACCAUUAAAGCCCCCUUCCCGUCUGGGUUCUGAUGCUGCCCCGUUUGUCUUUGUGCCGUUCCGAGGCCUGGCAGCCCGAGCUAAGAGCAUAGCCUCGGACGACAGGCUCGGCGUGGUGUUUACGGGGCACAAGGACGGGCGCGUGCUAGUGUGGAGGGUGCUGCUAACGGGAAUGGGGGUGACAGGAACAAAGAGAGGCACAGAAAGCGGCAUAGGAGGAGACUCAGGAGGAGGCAUUAGAAGGGACGUUGGAGUGAAGGCAGGUCCAGGAAAGAAGGGAGUCAAGAGGGGGUUGGGAAUUGGUUUGCAGGAUCCUGCAGUGCAGGUGGCGCUGGUGGCGGAUUGGCAGGCGCAUACUGCCACUGUGACUGCUCUGAUCGUCACUCCCUAUGGCGAGCUGUGGUCAGCAGGUGAUCGUGGCAUCAUCAAAGCAUGGAACGGGCUCUCCCUUAGUAAAGAGAUUCACCGUGCCUUCGUUGCACUAGAGGAGGGCCUAGAGGAGGAGGGGUACAGGCCGAUAGUAGCAUCUGAUCAGAAGCAGCAGCAGCAGAAUGUUGACGUGGCAGGUGCGGCCCUGCCGAACCGCAUCAGCCCUGCCUGCGUGGAGCUUCGGCAGCACCGAGGCUCGUCAGGCUCGGCGGCGGGCGAGCAGGCUCGGAACGAUGUGGCGGAAUCCAAUCUAAGAGGAUACGGCGGUGGCGGGAGUAGUACCAGUAACGAAAACCGCACAGGCUAUGACCCUGCUACUGCCAAUGCUGCUGCCGCUGCAACUGGUGGUGCUGGCUGUGGUGCUGGUGCUGGUGCUGGUGCUGCCAAUAACGGCGGUACAUCACCCAGGGCACUAUCACCUGUACCUGAGAGCAUUCCGGCUGUACCGCUGCCUAACGUUUCAACCGCACGAGGAGCUGUGAGGGUGAUGGUGGCUGAUGCGGCUACUGGCUGGGUGUGGACUGCCGGGCCUGCCUCGGCAUGCAUCUGGGAUGCAAGAAAAAAGGAGCUGAUUCGAGCUCUCUCCUCCCUCUCAGAGCCGAGUGCAUCAGAAGAACCUUCCAGGAGCUUUCCUCCCCGUGGCGACUCAACAGCAAAUAGCAGUGACGUCAGCAUCAUCAGCAGCAGCAGCGCAUUCAGCAAUACUGCUGGUGGUGGGGGUAAUUCUCGAGACAGGCGUAUGGAAGGCGCGUGGAAACUUUUAGCUAAGUCUCGGGAAGUGCUGGGGAAAGCUAAGGGGGCAGUGACCGAUGCUGUAAGAGCUGCUGCAGCAGCAGGAAAAGGAGAGGAGUACUUGAGUGGCAGUGGUGGUGGUAUUGACGAUUUGGAUACGAGUAGUAGCGGUGGUAGCAGCACCACCUUUUCCUCUCCGUCCCCAGCAGUAAGAGUCUCAGGGGGGUCUCUGAGAAAGCUUCAAGCAGCAACCGCUGUGGGUGAUGGUUCGGUCUGGUUCGGGUUCAGGUCCGGCGCGCUGGUUCGGAUUGACAGGUGUGGGGCGAGGCUGCAUGAGAACGGCGAAGUUUCAGCCUGGCCCUCCGCCCUUCCCUCGCCGCCCCUACAAUCCGCACUGCUUGCCGACCUCGCCGCCCAGUCCCAGGCGUUCACUAAAAGACGAAAGCUGCAAGUGGCAACUGGAACAUGGAACGUGGGGGAGGAGAAACCAGACGGGGAGACGGUCCAGGCUUUGUUGGGGGAGGUGGCUAGGGGGGCAGAUGUGGUUGCAGUGGGGUUGCAAGAGGUUGAGAUGGGUGCAAGGGCCAUUGCUCUUGCUGCUGCCAAGGAAUCGGUUGGGAUGGGUUUGCAGGAGAAAGAGAGCGGUGCUGCGCAGGAGUGGACUGCGGUUAUUCGCAAGGCCCUUGGUGCCGCUGGUGGUUCUGCUGGCUCUUCUGCUGGUGCUGCUGCUGGCGGUUCUGCUGGUGCUUCUGCUGUUGGUUCUGGACUCACUGCUUCCUCUGAUCCUUCCUCCAUCUCCUCUGCCUCUUCCGCUUCCUCCUCUGCUGCUGCUGCCUGUGCGGAUGAUGGUUUUGUGCGAAUCGCGUCUCGACAGCUGGCGGGCAUGCUGCUUACUGUUUGGGUGCGAGAGUCUCUCCUUCCGGACAUCUCUGACGUCGAGACGGGGGCUGUUGCAUGCGGUUUCGGUCGAGCCCUUGGAAACAAGGGAGGGGUGGGCGUGCGCAUGACAAUAUGCGGGCGCGUCUGUGCAAUCAUCAACUGCCACCUGGCAGCCCAUGACAACGCGACAGCUAAGCGGAACGAGGACUGGCAUCGGAUUUACACGAGCAUGGAGUUCGGGCGAUCCAUGGGAACUGUUGGCACUGCUGCCACCAACGCAGCCAAGGCCGCUGGAGCCGGCUUCCAAUCAGCCGUACAGGGUUUUGUGAAAGCAGCAGGGAGGGGAGUGGGAGCAGGAGGGGCGGCAGGCUUUGUCCCCAUCUCCAGCACUCAAGGCACUGACGUGGCAGGGUCUGAUUGGGUCCCAUCUGCAGCUGGCAACAACAGCAUCUCCGGCAUUGGAAGAGUUGAUUCGUAUUCUGAGCCCUCCUCCCCGCGCCCUGACCUCUCUCAGAGCGACCUGCUCAUCUGGAUGGGCGAUUUGAACUACCGCCUCGACGGGGUGACCUACGAUGAAGCAUGCAGCGCUGUUGCCAGGAGACAGUACCCGCUGCUCCUGGAUUGUGAUCAGCUGAGAGCGGAGAUGAAGGCAGGGAGGGCGUUUGUGGGAAUGCAGGAGGCUGGAGUUGACUUUGCGCCGACUUACAAGUUCGAUCGUGGCACUUUCAACCCCCAGGCAUAUGAUUCCGGUGAGAAGCGCCGGGUCCCUGCCUGGUGCGACCGCAUCCUCUUUAGAGACAGCUUCACUAGCAGCAGCAGCACACCCCAGAGUGGUGAAACAAGCAGGAUCGAUUCUCGAAGUGCUACGCUACACGUCCUGCAUGGCGGCCUUUCAGAGCGACCACAAGCCAGUCACCUCGAUCAUGCAAGUCACCAUCGCCUGCCCUGA